CUGUUAGAGGACAGGUAGAUUAGAAGUUAUAGAGCACCAUGAUCCAGUGAGAGCGCUAUUCCCCCUGCUUCCCCUAUAAGCAUAAUAAAUCAAAUAUUUCUUUCAAUACUAUGCUUUCAUUGAUAUGAUCGCUACCUGUUAGAGGACAGGUAGAUUAGAAGUUACAAAGAUGAGCGCCAUGAUCUAGUGAGAGCGCUAUUCCCCCUGCUUCCUCUAUAAGCAUAAUAGAUCAAAUAUUUAUUUCAAUACUAUGUUUUCAUUGAUAUGAUCGCUACCUGUUAGAGGACAGGUAGAUUAGAAGUUACAGAGAUGAGCGCCAUGAUCCAGUGAGAGCGCUAUUCCCCCUGCUUCCCCUAUAAGCAUAAUAGAUCAAAUAUUUCUUUCAAUACUAUGCUUUCAUUGAUAUGAUCGCUACCUGUUAGAGGACAAGUAGAUUAGAAGUUACAGAGAUGAGCGCCAUGAUCCAGUGAGAGCGCUAUUCCCUCUGCUUCUCCUAUAAGCAUAAUAGAUCAAAUAUUUCUUUCAAUACUAUGCUUUCAUUGAUAUGAUCAUAAUAAGUUUAUAAAUUCAAAUAUCUUAGGUAUACAAUCCAAUUUACAACAAGUCAUACAAGAUGCAACAUCCAAACAAAAUUAGUCAAGAUGAAUUAGAUUUACAAAAGAAUUAUAUCUCUAGUUCUACAAAGCAAUCUUAUAAAUCAAGAAGAUUAACAGACAAGAAUCAAAUUAAAUCUUUAACGUUUCCAAACACGAUAAAUUCAUCAGACAGUAGUAAAUAUUAUUCCCCAAAAAAAGUCAUUAAUUAUUAUAAAGAAUCCUUUCCUAAUUCUACAUUAGAAUUAUACACCGAUAAACAACAAAAUAAGGAAGCACAUAAAAAAUCAUCUGAUAAAGCCCAAUCUUCUGCUAAGAAAAACACUUUACUUAAUAAAAAUAAAAAUAUAUUACAUAAAUCCAAGAUGUCACUGCCAAUGACUUCAAAUAUUUGUUGUCAACAAGAGAAAGAAAGAACAAAUAGAAAUUAUAUGAAAUCUGUAAUAUCAAAUCUUAAUCAUAUAGAAAACAAGAAUCUACCCAAAACUGCUGAAUUAAUGUUUUUAGAAAUGAAAACUAAUAAUAAUAAGAAAGAUUUAUUAAUUCCUCCAAUGUAUCAAUCAUUUCUUUGCAAUUUGAUUACACCUGAUUUACGCACUAAUGAUAAUAGAAAAGAAGACAAAGUAAAAAAUAGAUUGUAUAACAGUUAUAGUGAACAUAUGAUGAAAAUUGUCAAUUAUGAAAACGAAACGCAAUUAUUACAAAUGUAUUAUCCUAAAGUGUGUAAUUUAUGUUGCAGUAUAGAAGAAAAAAAAGGCAUAAAAAGAUCAAUGAGUGUAAUCCAAUAUAAUAGAUCUACCCAAUACAUUUCUGAUAUAAAAACAAGUCAUUCAGAUUUGCAUAUCAGACAAAAUAAAUUUUCUAACAAUGUAAAGAAUAAUUCAUACAAAGUUCGUUAUUCUUUAGAAAACAUUAAUCGUACAUGUAUACCUGAAAAAAAUGCUUGCUUAAUUGGAGCAUGCAAGGUAGAAGAAAACAAACGAUACAUGAAAGCUGACUAUGAUUGUAAAAUAAAAUACUCAUGGCAGAUUAUAGGCACAAGCUCGCAAACUUCAAAAGUUUUGUUAGAUAACAUCCUAGAAGAAAAUCAAAGACAAUUUUCUAAUAAUAAAUGUGAAGUUAAAUACUCUUGGCAAAUCAUAGGUACUGGAACACAAGUAGCAUUGGAAAAUAACAAUGAUGCAGAUUAUUGGAACGGAGUAAUAUUUUCACCCAAUAUUCAUCGAUAUGAAAACACUGUUGUUAUUGAUGAGAAUAAUAAAAACACUUACAACUAUAAUGGAUUGUGCGAAAAACAAGCGUGUAGAAAAAAAUGUCUAAUUUUAAAUAAUCAAUAUACUCAGACACUUGCAGAGAAAAAUAUUCAAACCGAUGUCAUCGAUAGUAAAGCUAAAUAUUCAUGGGAAAAUUUAAUCUUACAACAUUUGUAAAUUGAGGAUAUAUUCUCUAAUCCUUAGAGAAAAAUAUUCAAAAUAGAAUAAAUACCUGAUAUGAUUCAAAAAUUAAUUA